AUGAGCCAAUGUGAGCAUUUCAUCCCUCGAGUGUUUGUGGUCACCGAAGUAACAAAGUUUACUUGGCUCAGAACUCUCUCUGCCCAUGCUCUUGCAGCUUUGGCCGAAUUUAACGCCGAAAGAGAUGCCCAUCAGUCCAAAUACCAAGAAUUGAAAGCUCAGUCUGAAGAUUACGCACAACUCUCUAUGACGGCCUUCACAGAAGACUGGAAUGAAUCACAAUUUUGGUACUCCGACGAAACAGCUGAAGUAUUAGCCAAUGAACUACUGGAAGCAUCUAACCCGAAGACACGCAUUGGUGUUGUAUCGGCACCAAGCGUAUUUAUAGCACUUCGCAAUAUAUUACGAAAACUCCCGGCGAGUGAUCGUCCAAAGAUCGUUCUCUUAGAGCAUGAUCCUCGUUUUGGGGUGUUUCCCGAAUUUGUCUACUAUGACUUCCAGCAACCUCUAAAGCUUCCCAUGAAGAUUGCCAGACAAAAGCUGCUCUUACUACCCGAUGGCUUCUGA